AUGGGAAAGACUAGAGAUCUCUUCAAGAAAAUUAGAGAUACCAAGGGAACAUUUCAUGCAAAGAUGGGUUCAAUAAAGGACAGAAAUGGUAUGGACCUAACAGAAGCAGAAGAUAUUGAGAAGAGGUGGCAAGAAUACACAGAAGAACUAUACAAAAAAGAUCUUCAUGAUCCAGAUAAUCAUGAUGGUGUGAUCACUCACCUAGAGCCAGACAUCCUGGAAUGUGAAGUCAAGUGGGCCUUAGAAAGCAUCACUAUGAACAAAGCUAGUGGAGGUGAUGGAAUUCCAAUUGAGCUAUUUCAAAUCCUAAAAGAUGAUGCUGUGAAAGUGCUGCACUCAGUAUGCCAGCAGAUUUGGAAAACUCAGCAGUGGCCAGAGGACUGGAAAAGGUCCGUUUUCAUUCCAGUCCCUAAGAAACACAGUUCCAAAGAAUGCUCAAACUCCUGCACAAUUGCACUCAUCUCACACGCUAGUAAAGUAAUGCUCAAAUUUCUCCAAGCCAGGCUUCAGCAAUACAUGAACCGUGAACUUCCAGAUGUUCAAGCUGGUUUUAGAAAAGGCAGAGGAACCAGAGAUCAAAUAGCCAACAUCCACUGGAUCAUCGAAAAAGCAAGAGAAGAAUUCCAGAAAAGCAUCUACUUCUGCUUUACUGAUUACGCCAAAGCCUUUGAUUCUGUGGACCACAAC